AAAAUAGAACACUAAAUUCGAAACAAAGUUGGUACAGAUUUUGAAAACUAUUUUCCCAAAAAAACCUAAACAAAGCCCUGGAACAAAUCGAUGAAAACACUAUGUGGGCGUUCUGGUUCCGCCACUGACAGUUCAACCAAAACAAGCACUUUCAACCCCAAACCCGCCUCCACAGUCCAAGAAUGUAACACUUUCGUCAACUCCAAGUGUCAACAAAGUGGCAAAAAAUGAGCAGCUUGACCAUUCUGGACGACGCCGCCCUCUACGACAACGCUCUCACCCUCGAGAUCGGCCCCCUUGAAACCGUCCACAAAUGGAAGCGUAUGCCCGAAUGUGACGAGUUCGUGGGGGCCCGCCGCAGCAAGCACACCGUGGUCGCGUACAAGGGGGCGAUUUACGUGUUCGGCGGCGACAACGGCAAGAGCAUGCUCAACGACCUGCUUCGCUUCGACGUGAAGGAGAAGUCGUGGGGGCGCGCCUUCGCCAACGGCUGCCCGCCGGCUCCCAGGUACCACCACUCCGCCGUGGUGUACAAGAACUCCAUGUUCGUGUUCGGGGGGUACACGGGUGACAUCCAUUCCAAUUCCAACCUGACCAACAAGAACGAUUUGUUCGAGUAUAAGUUUCACUCGGGGCAGUGGGUGGAGUGGAGGUUCCUGGGGGUGACGCCGGAGCCGCGGUCGGCGCAUGGGGCCGCGGUGUACGACAACAAGCUGUGGAUUUUCGCGGGGUAUGAUGGAAACGCGCGUUUGAACGACAUGUGGACGAUUUCUUUGAAUGGGGAGAGUCGGUGCUGGGUCAAGGUGAUGCAGCAGGGGGAGUGCCCCCCGACUUGCUGCAACUUCCCGGUGGCGGUGGCUAGGGAGAAAAUGUACGUGUUUAGUGGACAAAGUGGGGCCCAGAUUACCAAUUCGCUGUUCCAGUUCAACUUCAACACCCAUACGUGGACUCGCAUCACGACUGACCACAUCCUUCGUGGGGCCCCGCCGCCCCCGGCUCGCCGCUACGGCCACACUAUGGUGGCCUUCGACCGCCACUUGUACGUGUUCGGGGGCGCCGCCGACAGCACCCUGUCCAACGACCUCCACUGCUUCGACUUGGACUCGCAGACGUGGUCCACUAUUCUCCCCGCCCCCGAGUCGUUCGUGCCCUCUGGCCGCCUCUUCCACGCCGCCGCCGUGGUCGACGACGCCAUGUUCGUCUUCGGGGGCACGAUCGACAACAACGUCCGCAGCGGCGAGAUGUACAGGUUCCAGUUCUCCUGCUACCCCAAGUGCACCCUGCACGAGGACUUCGGCAAGCUGUUGACGGCUAACGAGUUCUACGACGUGCAGUUCCUGGUGGGGCCCGAGCAGAAGAAGAUCUUCGGGCACAUGGCCAUCGUGGCGGCGCGCUCGGCCCACCUGAGGUCGAUCCUGAAGAAGGCGAAGGCCAAGCGGGACGCUCACUUGGAAAAAUUGUUCGGGACGGUGAACGUCCCGUUCAAGGAGGUCCCGCUGGUGGAGAUCGAGUUCCCGGAGGCCAAUCCCGACGCGUUCGAGCUGGUCCUGGACUACAUAUACAUGGACUGUAUCGACCCGACGAAAAAGGGGGGCUUGCCCACGGAGAAUGUUUUGAGGAUGAUGGAUGUGUACAGGCUGGCGGUGGAGUUUGGGAUGGUGAGGUUGGACAACCUGUGCGUUCAGUAUUUGAACUCCUCCAUCAACAUGGCGAACGUUUUGGAGGCUUUGGAGACGGCGCAUAAUUUGAAAUUGACGGUGAUUAAGGAUCAUUGUUUGAGGUUCAUCGUGAAGGAGUCGAAUUACAACGAUAUCGUGAUGUCGACGAAGUUCGAGACUUUGAGUAGUAGACUGAUUAUCGAGAUUAUUAGGUUGAAGCAGACGGCGAGUAAUACGAAAGCUGUGAGUGAGAGUCAGGGCGAGUUGGCUGGGACCACGCUAGAACAAGACAUGGCGUCGUUUCUGAAGUGUCAUGGCGCCCCGUUCUACGACGUUGAUUUGGUGUUGGACGGUCACGUGAUCCCCGCGCAUAAGCCAAUCCUGGCGGCGCGCAGCGGCUACUUUGAGGCGCUGUUUCGCUCCUUCAUGCCCACGGAUUGUAAAGUGAAGAUUCAGAUUGGAGAAAUGAUUCCUUCGCUGCAGUCAUUCCACUCGCUUCUCCGCUUCAUCUACUGCGGAGACGUGAACAUGCCCCCAGAAGACUCCCUCUACCUGUUUUCAGCCCCUUUAUUUUACAGUUUCACGAAUAACAGGCUCCAGGCGUUCUGCAAGCAGAACCUCGAAAUGAACGUGUCGUUUGAGAACGUCAUCCAGAUUUUGGAAGCGGCGGACGGGAUGCAAGCCACCGACAUGAAAAAAUACGCUCUCGACUUAAUCGUCCACCAUUUUACCAAAGUUGCGAAACUACCACGACUAAGAAUGUUGAGUAAAGAAUUAAUUUUGGAUAUUUUAAUGGCGCUGGCGAACGACAUGAGCGAACCUAAACUGUGUCAGGACGUUUCUUCAUCAGCGAGUUUUUCGACCGACGGUACUUAAUUGACAUUGACUUAAGUCGUGAAUUAGAGAUGUGAUUUGUAUACAAGUAUACUAUUGUGAUUUUUUUUAUAGCACCGCUAUUUGUGCAUAUUUUUAGCCUCGGCCACCCCAAACUCAUUAUAGAUGUAUUAAGAUGUAAUUAUGAUAAAUACAUUACAUAACUCCUAAAAA